AAGGACGGAUGUGACGUAACUAGCUAGGAGGAAACGCUUGCUGAAAGAAAUUGUGUAGUCACUGUGUGUAUCCUAUCUUAAAACAAGUCCGUUUGGAAUAUUCUUCUAACUUGCUGUUUUCAUAACCAGCGGCACCAUGUCUAUCAUGUCGUAUAAUGGAGGGGCUGUCAUGGCCAUGCGUGGGAAGGGAUGUGUCGCGAUAGCAUCAGACAGGAGGUUUGGCAUCCAGGCACAGAUGGUCACCACUGACUUUCAGAAGAUCUUUCCCAUGGGUGAGAGGCUCUACAUUGGGCUGGCAGGACUGGCCACAGAUGUGCAGACCGUAUCUCAGCGCCUCAAAUUCCGCCUUAACCUGUAUGAGCUAAAGGAGGGUCGUCAGAUCAAGCCGAAGACCUUCAUGAGCAUGGUGUCCAACCUGCUGUACGAGAGAAGGUUUGGUCCCUACUACAUUGAGCCUGUGAUUGCUGGUCUGGACCCCAGAACCUUUGAGCCUUUCAUCUGUUCCUUGGAUCUGAUUGGUUGCCCUAUGAUAACAGAAGAUUUUGUAGUCAGUGGCACUUGCUCAGAGCAGAUGUACGGCAUGUGUGAAUCGUUAUGGGAACCAGACAUGGAGCCAGAGGACCUGUUUGAGACCAUUUCACAGGCAAUGCUGAAUGCUGUAGACAGAGAUGCGGUUUCUGGCAUGGGCGUUGUAGUGCAUGUCAUUGAGAAAGAUAAGAUAACCACACGGACCCUGAAGGCCAGAAUGGAUUAGACAACCACCUCAGCUUUCCCCUUUCUGAAUCCUGUUUUGUACUGUAACAGAACACACUUCUUUCUCCAAGUGAUAUUCUUUAAAAUAUGAUUUUCAAUAAAAUACCAGAUGUUUCAUUUUG